GUUCUUCCUUUUUUUUUUUUUUUCCUUCAAUUUUCAUGGUUAACUCCACUAGAUUAGCUCUUUCUGGCCGGAAAAUCGUCGGCGGAAAACGUUCCAACGACGAAUUACCAGUCUUCUCCGUUCGCCGACUGUACCUCCAUGACUGGUAACACUUUUGUUUCUCUUGGUUCGUUCGUUCUUUCGUUUGUUAGGGUUUUUGAUUCAUUGCUUUCCAAUGGAGAGCUAGGGUUCUGGAAUCUUAGAGUUUCUGGAAACUAGACUUUAUAAGCUCACAUCUAGUUUCCUGUUCUGUUUAAAUCUCCUCUUUGUGAUUUUUUGGUUACUUUUCUGUAAUUAAAUAUGAAAAGAUUGAGAUCCUAUGUUGAUGAUCUCGAUUCGGUUGGGGAGAGAGGGGUUUGCAAAGAUUGGGUGAGAAGAGAUCAAGAUCCAGACCGUUCGUCAUCGCAUCGGCGUUUCUAUUCAAAAGCUGAAAAUGGACGUAAGGGUUUAUCUUCGUCGUCUGGGUAUGACAGAUCAAUAGACGAUGAUCGUGAGAUCUCGAGAUCAUUGCGGAAGCGUUUGGAUGUUGAUUCUGAUGGCUUCGAGAGGAGAAAGAACUUUGAUCGUUAUCGGGAUUGUGGAGAUAGGGAUAUGUCAUUUUCUUCACCUCGGAAUCCCUAUGUUGGUGACAGGAUUCACCGGUCUGAAAGCUUCUCUGGCUCUAGGCGGGAGUUUCCCAAAGGGUUUAGGUCGGAGAGGGACCGUUUACGGCGAGAAGACAGUGUUUCAUCGUGGCGGAGGUUUAGUGGAAGCAAAGAUGUUGACGAAGAUACGAGGUUUAAUGUCGACUCUGGUAGAGGGAGCAGAGUUGCUUCUGAGGAAAGAGGGAAUGUAAGGUCGCCGCAGGGUUCCAGAGAUGUUCUGAAGUCGCCUUCUUGGUCGAAGGAUUCUGGUGGGGAACAGUCUAAGAGUGUUGAUAUGAAGAAGAACAAAGAAGUGCAAGGAGGGAAUGGGAGCAGCAGUGAGAUUGAAGAAGGGGAACUGCAACCUGAAGCCGAAACCAUACCAGCUCUUGAAGCUGAACUUAAACCCAAACCCCAACAUGAAGAACCUGAACCUGAACCUGAACCUAAGCUUGAACCUAAGCCUGAAGCCAGACCUGAAUCUGAACCCAAUCAAAAUGCUGAAGCUUCAGGAGAAGCAAGCCCUGAGAAUCACAAGGAAGGGGAGAGUGAGCACCAGGUUGAGUCAGAUAUGGAUUUAGAGGAAGGAGAGAAAUCAUCAGCUGAAGAGAAGAUGGAGCUCCAUGAGGAAGAUGUUUGUGAUGGAGAACCAGAGGAUGGGACACGGGAGACUGUGGUAGGGGCUGUGGUAGAGGUGGUAAAGGAAAUGGAUGAGGUUCCUGAACGUCAGAAAAACUCUAAUAAUGAAUUGGGUGUGAACAAAGAGGCAACAGCUGCAGGUAAUGUGGGUGGAGAAGAAGCAAGUGCAAGGGAAGAUCCUGAGUCUGCUGGCCCCUCCCACCACAUGCUAGAUGACCAUGGUAGAGAGGAAGCAAUCAAGGAUGAUAAUGCUGAGAAGCCAUUGCCUCUGGAAGAGAAGUGGAAAGCGGGCAAAGGAAUAGAUUUGGAAGCUGAGGUGGAGGACAUUGAUUGGCUUAAUUCGAAUAAGGAAGUUGCUAAGGAAAAUGGAACACCUAAGGUGACUUUGAACCUCAUAACUGAUGAGCCAACUCAAAAUUCCAAGGACAAAGGAAAAAGUCUAGCAGUUUCCUCAUCUGACGAAGCCAAUUCCAUGGAAGAUGGUCGAUGGAUAGAAGCAGAUACAAUGGCCAGAAGAGAAGAUGCUAUGGAAGGACCAAGCUGUAGGGGUUUUGAGUUGUUCUCUAUUCCUGCUGCAACAAGACAGGAGAAGACAAACAAUUCUGCAGUUAAUAAGCUUAAAAUGGAGCCACUUGAGCUUUCUCUUGGCUUGCCAAAUGUUUCAUUAGCACUUGAUUCCCAUGAUCCGAAGUCAGCUCCUGGUUCCCCCAGUCAUAUAAGGGGCAUUCAGUCUGUACCUUCCACAUUUUGGACAGGGUCUGAUGGAUAUGCUGCAUCAAUUUCAUUUUCAGGUUCCCAGCCAUUCGUUCAUAACCCCAGCUGUUCUCUCACACAGAAUUCAUUUGACAACUAUGAACAAUCAGUUGGCAGUCAUCCUAUAUUUAAGGGAAUUGAUCAAAUUUCUCAUGGCUCCUGGCAGGGACAGCCGUCAAAUGAGCCUAGACGCAAGGAUGUUCCGUUGUAUGAAAGGAUUUUACUAAAUGGCAAUGCAUCUCAGUCAUCACAAGGCACUUUAAAUCAUCAAACCAUGCAAGGACAAAAUCAUCUUAAGAUUUCUGAGGGAACCUUUGGAGUACCUGUUGCCUUGGAUCGGCAGUCAAGUCUGCCAAGACGGCUUCCAGGUGUACCAUCAAGGAACCAAGAUGAAAUCAGGUCCCCUACACAUAGUGUUGGUUCUCUUGAAGCUAGAUCAGAAUACAGUAAGGAUAAGAAACGGGUAAUGAGAGAGAAAGGUUCCGGCAGUUUAUUUCGUAGUAGUAGUAGUCAAAAGGAGAUAGAACAGCUUGUUGUAGGUGGAACUGGUUUCGUAGAGAGGAUUAUUGCCAUGAUAAUUUCGGAGCCACUACAAGUAAUGGCCAGGAGAAUUCAUGAAAUGACAGAACAGUCCAUAGCAUGUUUAAAGGAGGGUGCUCGUGAGAUGAUAGUGAAUGGAGAUAAGCAUGGGCAAUUGUGUACAUUUCAGAAAGCACUGCAGAGUAGAUCUGACCUUACUUUAGAUAUGCUAUCAAAGUCUCAUCGUGCUCAGUUGGAGAUCUUGGUGGCUCUUAAAACUGGACUUCAAGAUUUUCUUUACCAAGCUAAGGAUAUUCCUUCAUCUGAUUUAGCUGAGAUCUUUCUUAACUUGAAGUGCAGAAAUCUUGCUUGCAGGAAUCCCCUGCCAGUGGAUGAAUGUGAUUGCAAGAUUUGUGCACAGAAAAGUGGCUUCUGUAGUGCUUGUAUGUGCCUUGUUUGUUCAAAAUUUGAUAUGGCAUCCAACACCUGUAGUUGGGUAGGGUGUGACUUCUGCCUUCAUUGGUGCCAUACGAGUUGUGGGUUACGGGAAUCUUAUAUAAAAAAUGGGCGUAGUGUCACUGGGGCUCAAGGAACAACUGAGAUGCGGUUCCACUGUGUUGCUUGUGAUCACCCUUCUGAGCUGUUUGGCUUUGUGAAAGAAGUUUUCAAGACUUGUGCAAAGGAAUGGAAAGCUGAGACUCUUUCCAAGGAACUUGAAUAUGUUAAGAGGAUUUUUUCUGCAAGUAAUGAUGUGCGAGGAAAACAACUCCAUGAUGUCGCUGGGAAGAUGCAGGCAAGACUAGAAAAAAAUAAAUCCAAUCUCUCAGACAUUUAUAAUCAAAUGAUGGAGUUCCUGACUGAUAGUGAUUCCAAGUGUGCCAACACCUCUACAUCUGGGAAGGAGCAACCUCAUAGGAACCCAGAGGUAAGCAAUAGGGUUCUGGGACCAAACCAAGAAGCUAUGUGGUUAACGUCUGUUUCAACUGAAAAGGCUACUCCACGACUGGAAAAUGGCAGCAUUGGUGGUCCUAGCUUGGAUUGGGAUCGGGUAGAUCGGCGGAAUGAGGAUUUGCAGUUCCUGCAAAGUGCUGAAAAGAGACCUGUCAUAGAUGAGUUGGAGAGCAUUGUGAGAAUCAAACAGGCAGAGGCAAAAAUGUUCCAAGCACGCGCAGAUGAUGCAAGAAGAGAGGCUGAAGGCCUGAAACGCAUUGCAGUUGCUAAGAAUGAAAAUAUUGAAAAAGAGUAUGCAAGUCGAAUUACAAAGUUAUGUUUGGGUGAGGCUGAGACAAGGCGCAGACAAAAGCUAGAAGAACUACAGAGUCUAGAGAGAGCACACCUCGAGUACUUCAAUAUGAAGAUGAGGAUGGAAGUGGAAAUUAGAGAUCUAUUGUUAAAAAUGGAAACUGCGAGAAGAAACCUUAGUACUUAAUGUGGCUUAUAGAUAUGCAUGUGUUUACGGGGUUCUUCUUACGAAUCUCAGGUAAUUGUACCUCCAUAGUAUUGAGGUUUAUAUAACCCUAAUUGUAGCUUUUAGUCUUCCAUUCCCCUUAUCGUUUAUGUGGUCUAUAGGUGUACAAGUAGUUUCUCAGGUUAGUUCCUUCUCUUUUUGGCCACUAACUGGAGUUUGUACAGAGAAUGGCUCCACCUCUUUGUUAUGAUUGGCUUCCUGUGUGGAAGAGAUUUGAAAAAGAAGUAUAGAAUUCUCUCCAUUGCUGUCCCUAA